UUUGUAUUCCUCCUGUCAGCAUUUCAAUCAUGGCCGCUGAGAGUGACAAGAAAGCGGCGCUGAGAAAAGACGAAAUGAAGCGUCUAGCCCUGGAACAAGGUGUUGUAGACGGCUUUAACCAGCUGAGACAAGAACAACGUUCCCUGACAGCAAAACUUAUUGAACUGGAAAUGGAACUUAACGAACACAACUUAGUUGCAGAAGCGCUUCAGAAAGUUGAGGGUGACCGACGCUGUUACCGAAUGGUUGGUGGAGUGCUCGUUGAAAGGACAGUCAAGGAUAUUCUUCCUGCUGUGGAGCGAAACAAGGAAAGCAUUGCAAAAUCAGUGGAGGCGUUAAAUGAGAAGAUUGUAGAGAAGGGCCAGGAGGUGAACGAGUAUCGGGAGAAGCACAACAUCCAGAUUAGGGUCUCUUCUAAUCCAGCCUCCAAGUCCCAGCAUACUGCAGGAAGCAGUGGGGGAGAAAGUGAGAAGCCAGCAUCACAACCUACAACAGGAGUGUUAGUCUGACGAAGUCAGUUUGCUGUUGUUGUUUUUUUUUUUUCAUUUAAAUGAUUAGGUCGCAGCUUCAUGCUUCCAGUUUUAUUACCACAGCUGCUUUGCAUGUUUUUUAUAAAGGACACUGAAGCUUUAAUAAGGAGCCGCAUGAUAAUGUAUUUGCGUUUCUGACCUUGAUGCCCCUCACCCCCUAUUUUUUUUUACAAAAAUAAAAUAUUUAUAUGAAUUAA